GCAGAACACAUAAAUAGGGGGCAGACCAACAUAUCUAGCCAGCAUCGGCAGAACUUUUCAAACCCUCCAUUCACUAGUAUAACAGUCGUUACCAAACCCACAAUGUUUGCCAAGUCCAUUCUCACCAUCCUCACCAUCGCCGUCGCUGCGACUGCCACUCUCCAACCAGCUUCCUCGAACACGAAGGGAAAAUACCCUUCCAGUCCCGGCUGCUCAGUGACAAAAACGUCCAAGGCUAUCCAGGCCGCCGAGUGCAGCCACAAUACCCGCGUCUCCGGCACACAAACCUUUGCUGUCUUCACACAGGACCACCAGUACGAUGGUAACUAUGGCUACCCGUACGGUACAUGUGAGGCGUACACGUGUGCGCCAGGCACAAAGAUGAAGAGCAACAGCGACAAGUGGACCUUCUACUGGAGUGACGCGGGUGAGCAGUCUGGCGAGGGUGCUGGCUGCAUCAAGAGUCCCAAGGAUGGCUCAUGCGGUUGCGAGAACUCAGAUGGCACCUUCAUCUACGGCGGCAAGAACUGUAAAUAAGCAAUUAAAGAAUGAAGGAGCGGAGGCUUUUGAGAGCGAACGGUUUGACACAACCUCGGGAGGAACCAGCUUAGCGAAAGUUUGGGAUCAGUCACUUAUCACAUCUUUCUGCACACCGUUGUGCACCCCCGGGAUGCGCUCACAUUUUCGAUUCAAUGCCAUGUUUCGCUUCGAUAACCUUAUCACGAGCGUGGUUCUGGGAGAAAGUAUGUCCCCGACUUACAUGAUGCAAAUUAAAUGUCCUCCAUGCCCUCGUUUUCUGAGCCCUUCACACCCUCACCUUCUGCACCCUCUUUUUCUUGAAUGUCAGUACCUUCCUUCUCGUCUGUAUCUAGGCCUGCGGCUUAAAGUUAGACAUGGGAUGUCAUCAGUUCACAAAAUACCUAC